GAAGAUAGUGACAGCGAAUUGUCGGACGAUCCAACGCCGUACAUGGACCGCGAGCUCAUAAGCAAACCACGAUGGCCGGAAGAAAAUUUCGAGCCCCAUGAAACGGAUGCAGCCAAAAUAAAAGCCGUCUUCCAUCUCAAGCUGGCCGAUGGUAGCGGCUGGUACACACAAAGAGACGUAUUGCCUGAGCAGCGCGAGUCAGCAGAAGAAGACGAGAGAUACGAACACAAUACUCUUUUCGUUCCUGAGCUCACAGCUUGCAAGGUUCCCCAGAAGCCCAAAGCUGAAAACAAUGCUACCUGCUCCCCCUGGAUCAAGGUCUCCACAUGGCGAUGGAAGCGAACUGCAGACAACAAAACAGAAUUCUGGACUCCGAACUUCGUCUUCCGUCGAUUUCACGCCCGCAACCGCAAGUACGAAGGAAUCUACGUCGGCGAGACGCGGAUCAAAAACAUCGACCCCAACAACAAGGCCUGGGUAUCUGCAUACCACAAGUGGAUCGACCAGAUCAAACGCCGUUCAGAUAGCAGUUGGGUGCACGAAAAACGACGGGAUCACUGGGCCGUACCCGAGAUUUGCGCCAUGUACAAUGGCAUCAACGAUUUUCUACACACCAACGGUAUCGAUGCCUACCAUGGGAUAACGAAUGUUAGUCUCCAACCGAUACUUGAUGCGAUAAACGCGGCAGGGAACAAGAAUCGCGGGAUGGAUGCACUGCGCGGACAGAUGAGUUCUGCGCACGAGUUGAAGAAUGCCAGUAUGGCUUACCUUCGUGAUAAUGUGCGGGAGCUGGUCAAGUAUCUGGAGGAUGGGGGCAUACUUGAUGAUGAGGAGAGGUUUCCGGAGAAGUUUAUUCCAGAAGAGGAGUUUCCGACGGCUCCAAGAGGGAAUAUGCGGAGACUUGGGAGUAAGAACAAGUCCUCCGGUCAGAAGGUGAAGGAUGUGGCGGGUAGUGUUGAGACUGAUGCUCCCGGUAACGAUACAGUGGGCGAUGAGGUAUACGUUCAUCUUUGCUGA